UGACCAGCAGGAGGCCAGGCGGAGCAUUUGAUUAAUGACCGAUCGGAAUUUCAAAGGGUUUCGAAAAGUUUCGACACAUCGAUGAAUACUGCUUCAGUUCACUAAUCACUAUAUUCGAAUAUUAACAUGUGUUGUGUAAUAUUAUGCACACGAUACAAAUAAGUCACUAACUGACGUACCUGUUUGUAGGCUGACGCACUUUAUAAUCGAUUAAUCGAUAAUCGCGGCCUGAAGCACCGCUCGGUUGAGCCACCUGCUAGCUGAAACUAACGGCGCAGUAGCUCUCUCGGGCUUCGAACGCAGACAUGAAGUGCAAAUGGAGCUUGUGGCUGCUGCCGAAGCGGCUGGGCGGACUUUUAAUGCGGAAAACGGUGUGUUUGGUGCUGCUACUUUGUCCCGCGGUGUACCGGCCGGCUGCGGCCUGUGCAGCCGGGGCGCAGAGUGAAUCCGACACGCUCAUACUGUGUCGAACGUGCGGUCAUGAGCUGGCGGUCGGCUCGGACAUCCACUUCAUCCACAGCCCGCUGGCUCUCGCCAGCCGCAACGACACACUGUUGGCAAACAGGGUUCACGUCCAGCUGUUCGAAAACCCUCAGGGACACCAGUUUGAGGUUAUCACGUUCGGAAAGGCGGACGUCACCAAACACUGGCCUGCCGAUAAGCACUUCUCCUGGUUCCCGGGGUUCUCGUGGACAGCGGCCACCUGCCCGCGGUGCCAAACACAUGUAGGUUGGGGUUUCCAGCCCAGCGACUGGCCAGAUGUGAUCACCAAGUCCAGAUUUGAGGAAUCGGAGCAAACUUUUUUGGCUUUAAUCACCCAUCAACUGUUAAGAGAGGACUUUGCAUCAAGUCUGCUCAUGGCUCCGAAGUCUUUCACGAGCUGACGCAGGUUGACUGUACCAUUUCACUUCGGUGCCUUACUGCUGUAACCCCAUUUUUAUUUUUAUUUUUUUUAUAAAAUUCUAUGCAGCUCGUUUUCAACACUCCCACACAUGUAUACACAGCAAGUUUUAUUGUUACAAAGCAAGUUGUACACCUCAAAUUUAACAGUCCCCCCCUCCCCCCCAAUAAAAGGAAAGUAAUUUCAUUUUCUUUUUGAAGAAGUCUACCCAUGAAGCAGUGGGGGCCAAAAUUUACAAGCUUUUUUUUUUUUUUCCAUUUUCUUCUUUAUUAAAAAUGUCAUUUCAAAUCUUGUCAUGAUAUCUGUAAAACAAUACAAUGA